GCAAUAGCGCAACGAUGGUUUGGGUGGAGCGCAUAACAUGUAUCCAGCUCUUUCUUGAAGAAUUGAUAAUUGAUUAAUCUUGGAGCAGCAGGUUUUUUACUCCUUUAUUUCCAUUAAACUCCACCCGUGAUUAGGAUUUUAAGAACUUUCCUAUACAAAACAAAAAACAAAACAAAUCCUAAUCCUUGGAGGAAAAGGAACCCUUACGUAUUGGACUUUACAUGGCGUAGGCCUCUCUAUAUAUACGCAUGCAUCUUAUCAAAUAAUAAUCAAAGUCUCUGAAGCUCUAUUUCUCUCUCAGCUGUCAGCUCUCUUAUGAUAGUAAAAACUCUUCUGGAUUUUUGAGUCUUUUAAUACUUAUCAUAAGCUUAUUCUAGCUAUGGCGUGCUCUCGAUGUGAUGUUGAAUACUAUGGUGAUCAUAUUUUCACGACUGUCACAAAAUCAGCCUCUGUUGUGGAUAGAUGGAUCGACCAGAUAAUGUAUGUGUAUCAAAGCAAAUUGAGUAAGCUUAUUAUUGGCCUUGACACCGAGUGGUUCCUGCCUGCUUAUCCCGGCGAUUACCAAAAGAUUGCCAUCUUACAGCUUUGUGUCGGUCGAAGAUGUCUUAUUUUCCAACUUUGUCAUGCAGACUAUUUUCCUCAAUCACUGAUUGAUUUUCUUGGCAACGAGAAAUAUACUUUUGUUGGCAAAGAGGUGAGGAAUGAUGCGCAUAAACUCAUGAAUGAUUAUGGACUGAAUGUAGGCCAUUGCAGGGAUGUUGCGUAUUGGGCUGCAUCAAAACAUGGCGGCGAGGAAGAUUUCAGGAAGUUUGGAUUAAAGCGUUUGGUGCUUAGAUUUUUGAAGAAAGAGCUGGAGAAACCCCUUAAAAUUACAUUAAGCCGAUGGGACAGUAAGAAGCUGGACUAUCAACAAAUAAAGUAUGCUUGUCUUGAUGCUUUUGUCUCCUUUAAACUUGGAGAACUUCUUAGCAAAGACUAAGUCUUGACUUUCAGAAGGAAACCUAAAGUACUCUGUUAUGCGGUAAAAAAAAUUAUGGGACUUUGUUGUUUUGACAGCUGAAGUAUUACAAUCUAUUAUAAUAAAACUUGAAGGAGUUCUUGAUUUUA